AGACCCAGCAGAGGGGUCUUAGCCCAACCCUCUGACGGUGGGACUUUAGGAGGAGAGAGAGAGGUUUGCAUUUUGAUUAAAGCCCUCAUACCUUCUUCAGUCUGCAGGCAGGGGACUGGGGAGGAACACAUCUCAGCUGGGCAAAGGAGAAGAAAAGCUACCCCAAGCCCCCCUCCCCCUGUCAGACUUUUGGGUUUCUUCCUCCUCCUUAUGGCUGUGUAGUGAUCACCUCUUGGACUUUUUUUGGAAAGGAGCUGGUGCUCUAGAUUGAACCCUGAGAUUCUUUUAUCAUCUGGGGGGGGGAGGUUUGCUCCCAUUUUUUUUGGAGUUGGAGAUGGAGAGGUGGAACACAAGGUGGAAAACGAAAAGGAGGUUGUGGGAUUCAUCCCUUAGCUCCCUAAUUCUCAUCACUUUGACUUUCCUUUUCCAAGCUGCAGAGGUCAGAGGAGCUGGACCAGUCGAUGUCCUCAGAGCAUUAGAAUUUCAAAGUACACCGGAAGGUGUGUCGAGAACAGCAGGGUUUUGCGCAAACAGAAAGGCAACCAAAGGAUCAGACACAGCGUACAGAGUCCAGAAACAUGCCCAGCUUAGUGCCCCAAUGGCCCAGCUAUUUCCAGGGGGAGUAUUCCCAAAGGAUUUCUCAAUCCUGCUGACAGUAAAGCCCAAGAAGGGCCUGCAGACAUUCAUCCUAUCUAUGUACAGUCAAAAAGGAGUGCAGCAAUUGGGAGUGGAGGUCGGCAGGUCCCCUGUCUUCCUUUAUGAAGAUCAACAUGGAAAGCCUGCACCAGAGGACUACCCCAUUUUUAGCACUGUUAAUGUUGCAGAUGGAAAGUGGCACCGGAUUGCAAUCAGUAUUGAAAAAAAUACCGUCACCAUGAUUGUGGACUGCAAAAAAAAGGUCACUAAGCCCCUUCCAAGAAGUGACAGACCUGUGCUGGACACCACUGGCAUCGCUGUGUUUGGGACCCGCAUCCUGGACGAGGAGGUGUUUGAGGGCGACAUCCAGCAGCUUCUGAUAGUCGAUGACCCCAAAGCUGCGUAUGACUACUGUGAACAUUACAUGACGGACUGUGACACCCCAGCACCCAAUAUACCCCAAGCUCAGGACCCACAAGUGGACGAGUAUGCACCUGAAGAAAUAAUGGAGUAUGACUAUGAGUAUGGGGGAGCAGAUUACAAGGAGCCUGAUUUUGUUACAGAGGCGCCCACAGUUGCUGAAGAAUACGUAGCUCAGACUGAGAAGAAGAAAGCCAGUUCCAAAACGAAGAAGAAGCCAGUUCCCCCUAAAUUAAAGAACAAACCCCAAAAGGUCACGCCCAAAAACUCAUUUGCAGCUAAGAAGAAGAAGGGCAAAACCGAUUACCAGGCAUCAACGAGAAAAAGAAUAGGGGUAAAGGCUAAUGUGGUGGAUUACUUCCCUGAACAAUAUGGAGAAGUAGACUAUGGUUACCAGACAGAUACUCCUUCUCUUACAACUGGACCCAAUGAGAAAAUUCCUGAGGAGGAGACACUGGUGGAAGAGACACUGGUGGAGGAUCCAUUUGUGGAGGAGCCUUUUGUGGAAGAGUACAUAACUGGAGAUGAUUAUGACUCCGACAAAAAACUUUUAGAGGAAACAGACUAUGGGGUGAAAGCUGUAGAGCCCACAGAGUCUGAGCCGGUGGUGGGAGGAGAUUUAGGAAAAGAUGAUUUGUAUGAGUACACAGACUAUGAAGACAAAACCACAAACCCAACAACAGAAGAAUUUGGACCUGGGGUACCGGCUGAGAAAGAUAUCUCAGAGACCACCGUGAAUAAUUACGGAGGAUACGGAGAGAAGGGUCAGAAAGGAGAACCAGCUGUUAUCGAACCGGGAAUGCUGAUUGAAGGACCCCCAGGACUGGAAGGACCCGCAGGUCUUACCGGCCCUCCUGGCUUGCAAGGCCCAUCUGGCCCAUCUGGAGACCCUGGUGAGAGAGGUCCACCUGGACGUCCUGGACUCCCCGGUGCUGAUGGUUUACCUGGACCUCCCGGCACUAUGCUAAUGUUACCUUUCCGGUAUACUGGAGAUGGAGACAAGGGACCCCCUAUAUCUGCUCAGGAAGCCCAAGCCCAGGCCAUUCUCCAGCAGGCUCGUAUUGCCAUGAGAGGUCCUCCCGGUCCAAUGGGUCUGACAGGAAGAUCUGGUCCAGUGGGUUCACCUGGUUCUCCAGGAAUUAAAGGUGAAUCAGGAGAUCCAGGCCCACAGGGUCCUAGAGGAAUACAAGGUUCACCUGGAUCUAUGGGUAAAGCUGGCAAAAGGGGACGCCCUGGAGCUGAUGGAGCCCGCGGGAUGCCUGGAGAGCCUGGCUCUAAGGGUGACAGAGGGUUUGACGGCCUUCCAGGUCUUCCCGGUGAGAAGGGGCACAGGGGUGACAAGGGUCCUCAGGGCCCACCUGGUCCUCCUGGUGAAGAUGGAGAAAGGGGAGAAGAUGGAGAGGUUGGACCCAGAGGGCUGCCCGGUGAACCUGGUGAACGAGGAUUGUUGGGACCAAGAGGUCCUCCUGGUCCUCCCGGCCAACAUGGUGUUGCUGGUGUUGAUGGUCCUCCUGGACCCAAAGGAAAUAUGGGACCUCAAGGUGAACCUGGACCAGCAGGUCAACAAGGAAUUCCUGGACCACAGGGUCUCCCUGGUCCUCAAGGCCCAAUCGGUCCUCCUGGUGACAAGGGACCACAAGGAAAACCUGGUCUGCCCGGAUUACCUGGAGCUGAUGGACCACCGGGACAUCCUGGAAAAGAAGGACCAGCUGGAGAGAAGGGUGCAGGGGGUCCAACUGGUCCCCAGGGUCCUAUUGGUUAUCCUGGCCCUCGCGGUGUCAAGGGUGCCGAUGGUGUCAGAGGACUGAAGGGCGGCAAAGGAGAAAAGGGAGAAGAUGGGUUCCCAGGAUUUAAGGGUGACAUGGGACUGAAAGGCGACAGGGGAGAGGUUGGUCCUCUAGGUCCAAGAGGAGAAGAUGGUCCUGAAGGUCCUAAAGGAAGAUCUGGUCCAAAUGGAGACUCUGGGCCUUCAGGUCCUGCUGGAGAAAAGGGCAAGCUCGGUGUACCAGGAUUGCCCGGAUACCCAGGAAGACAGGGUCCAAAGGGAUCGACAGGUUUCAAUGGAUUCGCUGGAUCCAAUGGCGAGAAAGGAGCUCGGGGUGUUGCUGGCAAGCCAGGUCCAAGGGGACAACGCGGUCCAACGGGUCCACGGGGCGCUCGGGGUCCUAGAGGUCCUACUGGAAAACCAGGUCCUAAGGGCACAGCAGGAAAUGAUGGUCCUCCUGGCCCACCUGGUGAAAGGGGACCUCAAGGACCACAGGGCCCAGUUGGGUUCCCAGGACCAAAAGGCCCCCCUGGUCCUCCUGGAAAGGACGGGUUGCCUGGCCACCCUGGACAACGUGGUGAGACUGGUUUCCAAGGCAAAACUGGUCCCCCAGGUCCCGGAGGUGUCGUAGGACCACAGGGUCCAACUGGAGAGACUGGUCCUAUUGGAGAGAGAGGUCAUCCCGGACCUCCAGGUCCACCAGGGGAGCAAGGCUUACCCGGAGCAGCUGGUAAAGAGGGCGCAAAGGGAGACCCAGGUCCUCAGGGAGUUUCUGGUAAGGAUGGUCCUCCAGGUUUACGUGGAUUCCCAGGAGAGAGAGGACUUCCUGGUGCUUCGGGUGCCGCAGGCUUGAAAGGUGGAGAAGGACCACAAGGCCCACCUGGUCCAAUUGGUUCAGCUGGAGAGAGAGGAGCAGCCGGUACCGCUGGACCUAUUGGUCUUCCAGGAAGACCAGGUCCCCAGGGCCCACCAGGACCCGCAGGAGAAAAGGGUGCUCCCGGAGAGAAAGGACCUCAGGGGCCGGCUGGACGAGAUGGAGUACAAGGACCUGUAGGACUUCCAGGACCUGCGGGCCCACAAGGACCACCUGGUGAAGAUGGUGACAAGGGUGAAAUCGGAGAACCUGGUCAAAAGGGAGGCAAGGGGGAUAAAGGCGAGCAGGGUCCUCCCGGACCAGCCGGUCUGCAAGGCCCAGUCGGAGCUCCAGGUCCAGCUGGAUCUGAUGGAGAACCCGGCCCAAGAGGUCAACAGGGAAUGUUCGGGCAAAAGGGCGAUGAAGGUGCUCGUGGUUUCCCAGGACCCCCUGGUCCGAUUGGUCUUCAAGGUCUUCCCGGACCUCCAGGUGAAAAGGGAGAAAAUGGGGAUGUUGGUCCAAUGGGUCCACCUGGUCCCCCUGGUCCUAGAGGUCCUCAAGGUCCUAACGGUGCAGAUGGUCCACAAGGUCCACCUGGGUCUAUUGGCUCUCCCGGAGGUGUUGGUGAGAAGGGUGAACCCGGUGAAGCUGGAAACCCCGGUCCACCUGGAGAAGCUGGCGUUGGCGGCCCUAAAGGGGAAAGAGGAGAAAAAGGAGAAGCUGGACCUCCAGGAGCUGCAGGACCUGCUGGACCCAAAGGUCCACCAGGAGAUGACGGUCCCAAAGGAAAUCCCGGUCCCGUUGGUUUCCCAGGAGAUCCUGGUCCUCCCGGAGAACCUGGUCCAAGUGGUCAAGAUGGAACAUCUGGUGAUAAAGGUGAAGAUGGUGAACCCGGCCAGCCUGGACCUCCCGGACCAUCUGGAGAAGCUGGACCACCAGGUCCUCCUGGCAAGAGGGGACCUCCUGGAGCUCACGGUGCAGAAGGCAGACAAGGAGAGAAGGGUGCAAAGGGUGAAUCUGGUGCUGAGGGACCUACAGGAAAGACAGGACCGGUUGGACCUCAGGGACCAGCUGGAAAACCAGGUCCUGAAGGUCUGAGAGGAAUUCCAGGGCCUGUGGGAGAACAAGGUCUUCCCGGUGCUCCAGGACAGGACGGACCUCCAGGUCCAAUGGGUCCCCCAGGACUUCCAGGCCUGAAAGGUGAUCCAGGUACAAAGGGUGAAAAGGGACAUCCUGGUUUGAUUGGUCUUAUUGGUCCACCUGGAGAGCAGGGUGAGAAGGGAGACAGAGGACUUCCAGGUCCACAAGGAACUCCUGGAUCCAAGGGUGAUUCAGGUAUUUCUGGUGCUGCUGGCCCCAAUGGUCCUCCUGGCUCCCCUGGCUUGCCUGGUCCUCAAGGUCCUAAGGGUUCAAAGGGUUCAUCUGGUCCCUCUGGUCAAAAGGGAGACUCUGGUGUGCCUGGACCUCCUGGUCCACCGGGUCCACCUGGAGAAGUCAUCCAGCCACUGCCUAUCCAGUCAUCAAAGAAGACCCGUAGAUCCCCAGACACCAUGAUGUCCGAUCUUGGAGACAACAUUUUGGAUUAUGACGGAAUGGAGGAGGUCUUUACUUCCCUCAAUUCACUGAAACAGGACAUUGAGCGCAUGAAAUAUCCUGAGGGAUCACAGAACAACCCUGCUAGGACAUGCAAGGAUCUCCAGCUUUCUCAUCCUGAAUUCCCUGAUGGUGAAUACUGGAUUGAUCCAAACCAAGGAUGCUCUGGAGACUCAUUCAAAGUCUAUUGCAACUUCACCGCUGGAGGGGAAACCUGUAUAUUUGCAGACAAGAAGUCAGAAGGAGUACGAGUUUCAUCAUGGCCAAAAGAAAACCCUGGAUCUUGGUUCAGUGAAUUCAAGAGAGGAAAACUGCUAUCCUAUGUGGACAUUGAGGGCAACUCAAUUAACCAAGUACAGAUGACCUUCCUGAGACUCCUCAGUGCCUCCGCUCGACAGAACUUCACCUACAGCUGCCACCAGUCUGUCGCCUGGCACGACGCUGUAAAUAAUAACUAUGACAAGGCCCUGAGGUUCUUAGGAUCAAACGAUGAGGAAAUAUCGUAUGACAACAGCGUCUUCAUCAAAGCCCUGCACGACGGAUGUGCGCUGAGAAGUGGAUAUUCAAAGACAGUCCUUGAAAUCAACACGCUGAAGAUCGAUCAGUUGCCUAUAGCAGAUGUUAUGAUAAGUGACUUUGGGGAUCAGAACCAGAAGUUUGGAUUUGAGGUCGGACCGGCCUGCUUCUUAGGUUGAGACUGAAAUCCAGGACAAGCAGCUUCAUUAAAAAGUGUAAAAAAAAAAAAUCUUCUUUAAAAAAAAUAAAAUAAAAAGCAGCGUCAGGCUUUGGAUACCGCCAGAGACGUGUUCGCCACAUGCAAGUUUUGAAUAUGGAUUGUGCAGAGGGAAAAAAGCUCACUGCAUAGGAGUUACUUAGAGUUUUGCCAGGCGCCCUCACCUGGGGCAGAAUCACAUGACUUAAGCAGAUGCAAAAAUAUGAAGGACUUAGAUGUUAUACUCUAGAGACAGCUGUGUCCUCCUUUCAUGGGAAACGUUUGGUGCUGAAGAACAUCCAAAAAAAACAAAAAAAAAACGGGCUUCGUCCAUCAUAGGUGCUAUUCUUGUCAAUGGGUUUACCAAAUGCUGUAUACGUGUAGUCACUCUGCAUACUUAUUAUCAGGCGUGCAUGUCCUUUUCCAAAACUUGCAUGUGACUCUGGGUUGAGCCAUAAAACCAAGAGCAAAAUAAAACCCGAAAUAAAAGGUUCCCCACUGUCUAGACCGGAUGCAGUGUCUGUACUGUGCAAAAAUACCAUGUAAUUCCAGUGGACUCCAACCCUUCUUUCUGACUCCAAAUAAAAUCCCUUUGUAUAUAUUGAUGUGGAAGACCUCUCUUAUUUGCUGUUGCUAAACGAAAUAAAUCUUUAUUAUAUAUAUAUAUUAUUAUAUUAAUAUUUACAUUCUCUCUCUCUCUCUCUCUCUAUAUAUAUAUAUAAAGCCUCAGGUUGCCAAACUGGAAGACAGAGAUGAUAAUCUUAAAUUUCACUAUUUUUGUGUUGCAUUUUUUUUCUUUGUUUUAUUUUUUGAUUUUUUUCAAAAUGAAACCAUUUUGGUGCAAUAUUUGAUGGUGCUAAUACCUCAUUCCAGGAUGUUGUGACAUGCAUGUAUAUACCUAAAAUAACUUUUUUUUUUUUUAAUUUUUCUUGUGGUCGGGGGAAAAAAAAAUGUGUAUUAAGAGAACUAUUUCUGUAUAAGAUUAUUUGUCGUAUUUUGUGUGAAGUCAUUGGUCAAAACGCACGUAAUGUUUCCAUUUGUGUGUCCUCGCGGUUUGUGCAACUUCUAACACGUAACAUUUGUUAAAAAAACUGGACGCGGAACGGUCACGUUAUGUAUUCGUUUAGUCUUAAAGGAAAAAAAAACAUUCGAAAAAAUUCUAAAUUUGGACGAACAGUGUAUGUGUGUGUAUAAAAAAAAUAAAAAA